AUAAUAAAGUUGGUUUUUGGAAUUGGGAAAGAGAGGAAGUUCAUAAUGGGAAGGCACUCUUGUUGUUACAAGCAAAAGCUAAGGAAAGGGCUUUGGUCACCUGAAGAAGAUGAAAAGCUUCUUAAUUAUAUCACCAUUCAUGGCCAUGGCUGUUGGAGCUCUGUCCCUAAACUUGCAGGGUUACAAAGGUGUGGAAAAAGUUGUAGAUUGAGAUGGAUCAAUUACCUUAGACCAGAUUUGAAGAGAGGUCCCUUCUCACAACAAGAAGAAGAUUUAAUCAUUGAGCUCCAUUCAGUUCUAGGCAACAGAUGGUCACAAAUUGCUGCUCAGUUACCUGGAAGAACCGACAACGAGAUCAAGAAUCUAUGGAAUUCGUGUAUUAAAAAGAAGUUGAAGCAAAAAGGCAUCGACCCCCACACUCACAAACCUCUCAUAGAGAAAGAAAUUAUCAACAAUAGUGACAAUAACGACAGCAUUAUCAUCACAUCAGAUGAUAAGAAAAGCCAUGAAAAAACUUUCCCAAUUGAAGAAGUAGUUCCAACCAAUUCAACAACAACAAGAAAAUCCAUUGAAAGCUGUUUCGACAUGUCGACCACUACUACUUCUACUACUUGUAAUUUCUCAAAUUUUCACCAGUUGAACGAUGGAUCAAGUCUCAUGGAUCUCCCUAUAAUCCAACACAAUAAUACUAAUGAUGCCACUCCUUUUGAGGCCGCCAUUUCAAAUUUGUUUUUCCCAUCUUCAAAUUCUUGUGGUGUAGCUCAUGUGAGACCCUCUAUUAGUCUUCUUCCUUCUGAAAACAAUCCUUCUUCUAUUGUAAGUUCUACUUCUGAAGUAGUAGUUCAUAACAACAACAACAACAACAGCAAUAAUGGCUUCUUGUGGCACUCAGACGACCAAUUUCUUCAAACAGCUUCAGUUCUCAUGAAAAAUGAUUGGCAUCAUCUUCAAAUCAAUCACCGCCACGCGACCCUUCAAGCUGAAAUAUUAGGGCAACCAACCUUCCCAAAAUACUAGCCAAAUGGUCUCAUACCAAUGAAAAUGUUGUCUUUUACUUAUAUACAAUACAUUUUUACUAUGAUAUGUGACAUUCGUCGCCUUCUCGAGAUAAAACCCUUCGGUUAAUUAGGCUUUGAAGAUUCUCAUAUAUUACAUGGAAGAGUAUAGUUGACAAGAGCCACUUUUGAGGAUGUGUAAAUUUUUCUAAAGAUAUGAAAUUUGUUGUCUAUUUAUUGUUUCCUUAUUGUUAGUAUAUUGAAUAUGAAGAUUUGAACAUAUCC